AUGGAUCAUAGGGUGUUGAUUGCCAACCGUGGCGAGAUUGCUGUUCGUGUCAUGCAGACGGCCCAACGCCUCGGCGUCAAGAGUGUUGCCGUCUAUAGCGAUGCCGAUGCUAACAGCAUGCACGUCAAACUUGCUGAUGAAGCUGUACCUAUCGGGCCGGCUCCUUCAUCCGAAUCCUAUCUGCGCAUGGAGCGUAUCAUUGCGGCUGCCAAGGCGACCGGCGCCAAGGCCAUUCACCCCGGCUAUGGCUUUCUGUCCGAGAAUGCAGCCUUUGCCAAUCUGUGCAAGGAAGAGGGCCUCAUCUUCAUCGGUCCACCUGCCUCUGCCAUCGAGUCGAUGGGCUCAAAGAGUGAAUCCAAAAACAUUAUGGCUCCAUCUGGCGUGCCGGUUGUUCCAGGCUACCACGGUGAAAAUCAAGAUCCUGAAUUCCUGCUGCAACAGGCUCGCGAAGUGGGCUUUCCUGUGUUGAUCAAGGCCGUCAAAGGCGGUGGUGGCAAGGGCAUGCGUGUUGUCAUGAACGAGGCAGACUUUGCAGAGAGUUUGGACAUGGCGCAGGCAUGUUAUUUCGCUGAGGCACGCAAGCAUUUCGGUGACGAUCGCGUUUUGAUUGAGCGCUAUGUUCAACGCCCUCGCCACGUUGAAGUUCAGGUUUUCGCCGAUCAGCACGGCAACGCGGUUCAUUUGUUUGAGCGCGACUGCUCGCUCCAGCGCCGCCACCAGAAAGUCAUUGAGGAGGCUCCUGCGCCUGGAUUGCGACCAGAGACUCGCCAAGCCAUGGGUGAGGCAGCAGUGCGCGCCGCCCUGGCCGUAGGCUACGAGGGUGCGGGCACUGUCGAGUUUAUCAUGGACACUGUGACGCAAGAGUUCUUCUUUAUGGAAAUGAACACUCGCCUGCAGGUUGAGCAUCCCGUGACUGAAAUGGUGACGCAAACGGACUUGGUGGAGUGGCAGUUGCGCGUCGCUUCCGGUUUUCCCUUGCCCCUGACGCAGGACCAGGUGCCCUUGGUCGGCCAUGCCUUUGAAGCUCGUAUCUAUGCAGAGAAUCCAGCCGGCAACUUUUUGCCGGGAUCGGGUCCACUUUCCUUCGUGCGCACGCCCGAGGCUACUGCGGAGGUUCGCAUUGAAACCGGCGUCGAAGAGGGCGACGAGGUGACGGUCCACUACGAUCCCAUGAUCGCCAAGCUGGUGGUGUGGGGUGAGAGUCGUGACAAGGCACUGAGCAAGCUGAGCCGUUGCCUGGAGCAGUACAACAUUGCAGGACUCGCCACCAACAUUUCCUUCCUGCAGCGUUGCGCUCGCCAUCCCAGCUUCAAGCAGGGUGACGUUUCCACGGACUUUAUUCAGGAUCACCACGAUUCGCUGUUGCCGGCAGCCGAGCCUGUGCCGGCAGUUGUGCGACGUGUCGCCGGUGCCCUUGUGCGCUACUUUGAUAUUGUCACGGAGCCCUUCCUGCGCGCCGCCGGCAACGCUUUGGCUUUGGAAGUGGGUUUGGGUGCGGAUGGCUCAUUUUUGGUGAGCGAGGAGGGUGCCGACACGGCGGCCGUGAUUGAGCUGGAGCCAUCGGAGCAGGAUCCGCAUGAGUUUGCUGUUGCUGUGGACGGUCAGCGUAGCCACGUGCGGGCCGUGCGCUUGGAGGACAAGCUGCAUCUCUUUGCUGAUGGAUCACACUUCGAGUUGGAGGUCAGCAAGCCCGACUUUCUUUCAGCGGGUGCGGAUGCAGUGGCUGAUAAUGUAGUGACGGCGCCCAUGACUGGUACCAUCACCAAGGUGAUGGUCGAGGCUGGACAGACGGUCAAGGCUGGGCAGACGUUGGCGGUCAUGGAGGCCAUGAAGAUGGAGCUGGUACUGCGGGCUCCGUUUGAUGGCGUGGUCGAGUCGGUGACCGCUGGUUUGGGGGGCUCAGGGCGCAAGAACCAACCGUCAUGA